AUGGAAAGGACCAAUUCCAGAAAACGCAAACCUGGUGUUGCGAAACCGGACGAGUACGUGCGGCAUGAUGUUCAGCUGCCGGAGACCUCGCUAAGGUCAUCCAACAAGCAUGGUGCUCCAGUCGUUCUCGUUUGGCCAUGGGAGUUUACAUUGGCUCAUUUGGUGUAUAUUGCCUUGGUAGUUGUCUUGCUUGGACUGUUCCUUCUUAGUCAACUUGACGUUACUCCUUGGAUGAUUGAAGGAACUGGGAACGUGAUCUGGGGACCUGGACAACUAGAUGACAACGAUGGCUCUGAAGAAAUUGGAAUUGUACUUCACCCUGAAGACUACACCAAUCGUUCGCCAACGACAUUGGUCUAUGAUUGGGAAGUUACAAAACGUUAUCGAUUCCCGGACGGCGUCCGUAAAGAAGUGUACCUCAUCAACAACCGAUUUCCGGGAGAAACCAUUGAGGCUCGCUCUGGAGACCGGAUUGUUGUCAACGUCACCAACUUGCUGCAAAAUGAAGGCCUUGCGAUACAUUGGCAUGGGCUGAGGAUGCAGGGUGCCAACGACAUGGAUGGUGCGGUUGGCGUGACUCAGAAACCCGUUCCACCAGGCGAAAGCUUCUUGUAUAAUUUCACUAUUGGGGAAGAAGAAUUCGGCACCUUCUGGUAUCACGGCCACGACAAAGUGCAACGGGACGACGGACUCUAUGGCGGCCUGGUCGUCCAUCGUCCUGGGGAGCAGGGCAAUGAAAAAGACCAAUACAAUUAUGAUCAGGAGAUCCUGCUGUUGAUAGGCGACUGGUAUCACCGAUCCAGCCCCGAGGUACUCGGUUGGUACAUGAAUUCGAGGUCAUUUGGCAGUGAGCCCGUCCCCGACUCUGUGCUUGUCAACGGCCAGGGUAAUUUUGAUUGCGAGAUGGCGGUUCCAGCUCGACCUCUGGAAUGUAUACCGCCUGAGGACAGAUCUGGUCCCCCCAUGCUGACAAUAGAGAACGGUAAGCGGUACCGUUUGCGUUUGGUCAAUACAGGUUCCUUGACCGGCUUCUCAUUUCGAAUGGACAAUGCCAGUCUUUCGCCUUUCCAGGUGGACGGUGGUAAUGAUAUCACCAUGGCACAGACGCAAGCAAUGGGCAUUGUCUACCCGGGCGAACGAGUGGACACAAUCUUGCAGACUGGAUCACCCGAUGAUCAACGCUGCUUUGAGGUUGAGAUGGAUGAUGAGAACUUCAAAUAUCCCAAUCCAGCUCUCAAUCCCAGACAGACAUUUCCUGUUAAGGCUCGUUCGAACCUUGGAUACGACAAGGAUAUUGCACGACCGGAGUUAGAAUUCUACAAUCUUCAAGCGGCCGUGUCCACUAUCAGUCCCUGGAGGCCAUGGCCAAAUGACCCAUUGAAAUUUGUCAUAUAUACAACAACCUUAAAACUGGCGAAGCAUCACAAUAUUCCCAUGGGAUUCAUCAAUCACACUAGCUGGUCACCGCAAGCAUCUCCUCCAGAGCCGUUGAUUUCAUUGUCUCGAAAGGAAUUCGACCACAAUCAACUUUCACCUCAAAUACCCCUACUCACAAAUAGGACGGAAGAUGAAGCUUCUGGCGGAUGGGUUGACAUUAUCAUCAACAAUCUUGACGACGGCGGACACCCAUUCCAUCUACAUGGGUACUCAUUCUAUGUUGUCUCCAUCUUUCCGCCUCCUCCGCCGUGGAGCAGUGAGAAGCCUCCUUUUACACCCGGCGGAUCCGCCAUGUACAAUUACAAUCCAUUUACCACGACACCACAAGACUCACCGGCAGGACAAUACAACUUGGUGAACCCGGUUAUGAAGGAUACUGUUUUUGUUCCUCAGAGAGGUUACGCGGUCAUAAGGUUUCGAGCUGACAACCCAGGGAUUUGGAUGAUGCACUGUCAUGUUGGCUGGCAUUUGGGGAGCGGAAUGGCCCUGAGUUGGGAUAUUGGGUAG